AUGGCGGUUUUGCUUCAUCCCAGGACUGUUAUAGGGACCCUGGAGGAUGUUUACGUGGUCAGUUUGCCUGCUGGUGUGACAGAAAUACCCCCGAAUGUAGCAACAAUGGCCUCUCACACCGCAACCCCUACUGUGCAGGAUCAGAUGGCAAGAAUUGAUUUGUCUAAACUGUCAGCAGAGGGACAGGGACAGGUGAGGUCUCUCCUUAAGAAAUACAGCUCGGUCUUUUCUGCUCAUGACACUGAUUUGGGUUGCACUAACUUGAUCUCCCAUGACAUUCCGCUCUUAGAUGAUAUCCCCGUGCGGCAGCGUUAUAGGCGUAUCCCCCCUUCAGAGUAUGAGGUUGUGAAAGAGCAUAUUAAUCAGUUACUAGGGGCCAAGGUGAUUAGAGAGAGUAGCAGCCCCUAUGCUUCUCCCAUCGUGCUCGUUAAGAAAAAGGAUGGCAGCCCACGCAUGUGUGUUGAUUAUCGGCAAUUGAACAACAAGACAAGGAAAGAUGCAUUCCCCCUGCCGCGCAUUGAAGAAUCCCUAGAUGCGCUGACUGGUGCCCGUUGGUUCUCCACCAUGGAUUUAGCAAGUGGCUACAAUCAGGUCCCAGUUACGGAAGAGGAUAGGCCCAAGACUGCCUUCUGUACUCCUUUCGGCCUAUUUGAGUGGAACCGAAUGCCAUUUGGGCUCUGUAAUGCCCCUAGCACCUUCCAGAGACUAAUGCAACGCCUUUUCGGUGAUCAACAGUGCCAGUCUCUGCUUCUCUAUCUUGAUGACAUUGUAAUCUUCUCAUCGACAGUACAGCAACAUCUUGAGCGGCUGGAUGUGGUGCUAGGUCGGCUUCAGCAGGAGGGUUUGAAAGCAAAGCUUGCCAAAUGUGCCUUUUUCCAGCGGGAGGUUCGCUACUUGGGCCACGUCAUCUCCGAUCAGGGCGUCUCCACGGACCCUAGCAAGGUGGAAGUGGUAGCUAACUGGCAGCCUCCUAAGACUGUUUCGGAACUACGCUCCUUUCUUGGGUUUGCCAGCUAUUAUCGCCGUUUUGUAGAGGGUUUUGCUAAGUUGGCGGCACCUCUGCAUAGACUGGUGGCAGAGUGGGGAGGCAGAAAAUCAAAGAAGAGGUCAGAGCAUGGUGUAGUGGAGAACUGGACUGCAGAGUGUGCUCAAAGUUUUGAGGCAUUAAAGACUAAACUGACAACAGCACCAGUGCUUGCUUAUGCAGAUUUCUCUUUGCCUUUUAUUUUAGAAGUGGAUGCCAGCCAUGGCGGCCUAGGGGCGGUGCUCUCCCAGGAGCAGGGAGGUAAGGUGAGGCCAAUAGCCUAUGCCAGUCGGGGUUUGAGGCCUACUGAGCGCAAUAUGCUAAAUUAUAGCUCAAUGAAGCUGGAGUUUUUGGCACUUAAGUGGGCCAUGACUGAGAAGUUUAGAGAGUACUUGUUGGGCCACAAGUGUAUUGUUUACACCGACAACAAUCCUCUUAGUCACUUGUCUUCUGCUAAACUUGGGGCUACUGAACAGCGCUGGGCAGCUCAGCUCGCUUCGUUUGACUUCGACUUAAAGUACAGGUCAGGAAGGAGUAAUAAGAAUGCAGACGCUUUAUCUCGCCAGCAUCCACCCGAUCUUCAGGAAAUUAAAGCCAUGGUUCCUGGUACAGCCUUGCCUGAACCUCUUCAACAAGCCUUGCGGCUGGGACCAGUUGAGGUAUCCCAAGCUGCCAUUACAGUUUUGCCCCAUCUCACUACUCCUGAUCUUCAUACCCUCCAACAGGUCGACCCAGUGGUAGAGGAGAUCCUGGUGUUCUGGAGACGGAAGCAGCGACCCAGCUUUGAGGAGCGGCAGCAGCUUUCCCCACCUGCUCUGGUGCUGCUACGACAAUGGGAUCGUCUGAUUGAAAGGGAUGGAGUUCUGUAUCGUCAGGUUCAUCGCCUUGAUGGUGCCGAGGUGGUACUUCAGCUUUUGCUGCCUAGUGCAUUAAUUGAGCAGGUGUUGACUCAUGUUCAUCAGGACCAUGGCCAUCAAGGUGUGGAAAGGACCCUAGCGCUUCUCCGCUCACGGUGCUACUGGCCAGGUAUGUCUGCUGAGGUAGCUCGCUGGUGUCAGAGAUGUGAACGUUGCCAAGUUGCAAAAGACACCCAACCUGCAGCUCAAAGUUUCAUGGGACAUUUGUUGGCCUCUCGACCAAAUGAAAUCUUGGCCAUUGAUUACACCCUGCUUGAACCCUCCCGGAAUGGGCUGGAGAAUGUCUUGGUAAUGACUGAUGUUUUCAGCAAGUAUACAUUGGCUGUCCCCACUCGUGACCAAUGUGCUGCUACAGUGGCCCAGGUUCUUGUAACUGAGUGGUUUUCGAAGUUUGGUGUACCUGCCCGUAUUCAUUCCGAUCAGGGUCGUAACUUUGAAAGCUCCCUGAUCCAGCAGCUCUGCAAGUUUUAUGGUAUUGAGAAGUCCCAUACUACUCCUUAUCAUCCGGCUGGAAAUGGUCAGUGUGAACGUUUUAAUAGGACUUUGCACAAUUUGUUGCGGACCCUGCCAGUAUCCAGAAAAAGAGACUGGAAUGUAUGUUUGCCCCAGUUACUCUACUGUUAUAACACCACUCCCCAUCAGGCUACUGGGGAAACUCCAUUCUUAUUGAUGUUUGGGCAAGAACCCAGGUUGCCAGUGGACUUUCUGUUGGGCAGAGUACCAGACCCCAUCAGUGGAGAUGGGCACGAGUGGAUUCAGGAGCAUCAAGCCCGGCUACAGGUUGUACAUGAAGGAGCCAAGGAACGACUGCAAUUGGCUGCCGACCGCAGAAAGAGGCACCAUGAUCAAAAGGUGAAAGAGGCACCAUUGAACGACGGGCAGUUGGUGUUCCUGCGCGAUUUGAGUGGAAGAGGGAGAUGUAAAAUCAAAGAUCGAUGGAAACCAGCGGUAUAUAGAAUCCUGAAGGCACCUAAAGGAGGUGGGGCAGUAUAUACCAUUGCACCUGCAGAUGAUCCUAGCAGUGUGAAGCAUGUUCAUCGUACCUUGCUGAAGGCUGUGGUAAUGGCACCUACACCACCAGAAGGGCCUGCUCCGUGCAGUAGCCCACAUGGCCCAGAAAUAUCAUCCGCAGAACCAGAACAUGACUCAUCAAGUGACAGUGACCUGUUAUUCCUGAGCAUAGGAGCUCCUCACGUAAAUGUUUCACCAUCUUACUGCCCAGUAGUGAUUCCAAGUAGCUCUGAGUUGUUGCUCUCACCAGAAGACCGAACUUCCGAUGUUCCAGCCACUUGUACAAUUACUCAGAGUGCAGCACCAGUUCCAUCUAGCUCUCUUCCUGUUUCCACUACGAGCUCUGAUAAAAGAAAUAUUGUUGUGCGAAGAACUACACGGUCCACGGCCGGCCAGCAUUCAAACAUCCAUCAUCUCCCAAGACCAACAGGGGAGGUGGCACAAGGGGCUGCAAACUCUAUUUCUGAGCCUAGAAUACAUGCUAUGCGGAGCGCCGACGUGGAGGAGACCAGGGUGCCUUGGUGGUGGGAUCCUCUGAGUCAAAGCAGCAGCUACUUUGGUGUGGGAUUCCACAGCUGUGUUACAGAGAUGGAGGAAGAGUUACAGGAACUCAGGGACUUGAUCGCGCAGCUGAAAGCAGACAAUGAGAGGCUGCGUCAGGAGAGGGCUGUUGGGUCAGCGUCCCCUGCAUUGGUUCGAGUGGUUAGAGGUACUGCAUACAUACCAGUUGUUAAUGUAGGGACCAUGGCGGUUUUGCUUCAUCCCAGGACUGUUAUAGGGACCCUGGAGGAUGUUUACGUGGUCAGUUUGCCUGCUGGUGUGACAGAAAUACCCCCGAAUGUAGCAACAAUGGCCUCUCACACCGCAACCCCUACUGUGCAGGAUCAGAUGGCAAGAAUUGAUUUGUCUAAACUGUCAGCAGAGGGACAGGGACAGGUGAGGUCUCUCCUUAAGAAAUACAGCUCGGUCUUUUCUGCUCAUGACACUGAUUUGGGUUGCACUAACUUGAUCUCCCAUGACAUUCCGCUCUUAGAUGAUAUCCCCGUGCGGCAGCGUUAUAGGCGCAUCCCCCCUUCAGAGUAUGAGGUUGUGAAAGAGCAUAUUAAUCAGUUACUAGGGGCCAAGGUGAUUAGAGAGAGUAGCAGCCCCUAUGCUUCUCCCAUCGUGCUCGUUAAGAAAAAGGAUGGCAGCCCACGCAUGUGUGUUGAUUAUCGGCAAUUGAACAACAAGACAAGGAAAGAUGCAUUCCCCCUGCCGCGCAUUGAAGAAUCCCUAGAUGCGCUGACUGGUGCCCGUUGGUUCUCCACCAUGGAUUUAGCAAGUGGCUACAAUCAGGUCCCAGUUACGGAAGAGGAUAGGCCCAAGACUGCCUUCUGUACUCCUUUCGGCCUAUUUGAGUGGAACCGAAUGCCAUUUGGGCUCUGUAAUGCCCCUAGCACCUUCCAGAGACUAAUGCAACGCCUUUUCGGUGAUCAACAGUGCCAGUCUCUGCUUCUCUAUCUUGAUGACAUUGUAAUCUUCUCAUCGACAGUACAGCAACAUCUUGAGCGGCUGGAUGUGGUGCUAGGUCGGCUUCAGCAGGAGGGUUUGAAAGCAAAGCUUGCCAAAUGUGCCUUUUUCCAGCGGGAGGUUCGCUACUUGGGCCACGUCAUCUCCGAUCAGGGCGUCUCCACGGACCCUAGCAAGGUGGAAGUGGUAGCUAACUGGCAGCCUCCUAAGACUGUUUCGGAACUACGCUCCUUUCUUGGGUUUGCCAGCUAUUAUCGCCGUUUUGUAGAGGGUUUUGCUAAGUUGGCGGCACCUCUGCAUAGACUGGUGGCAGAGUGGGGAGGCAGAAAAUCAAAGAAGAGGUCAGAGCAUGGUGUAGUGGAGAACUGGACUGCAGAGUGUGCUCAAAGUUUUGAGGCAUUAAAGACUAAACUGACAACAGCACCAGUGCUUGCUUAUGCAGAUUUCUCUUUGCCUUUUAUUUUAGAAGUGGAUGCCAGCCAUGGCGGCCUAGGGGCGGUGCUCUCCCAGGAGCAGGGAGGUAAGGUGAGGCCAAUAGCCUAUGCCAGUCGGGGUUUGAGGCCUACUGAGCGCAAUAUGCUAAAUUAUAGCUCAAUGAAGCUGGAGUUUUUGGCACUUAAGUGGGCCAUGACUGAGAAGUUUAGAGAGUACUUGUUGGGCCACAAGUGUAUUGUUUACACCGACAACAAUCCUCUUAGUCACUUGUCUUCUGCUAAACUUGGGGCUACUGAACAGCGCUGGGCAGCUCAGCUCGGUCGUAACUUUGAAAGCUCCCUGAUCCAGCAGCUCUGCAAGUUUUAUGGUAUUGAGAAGUCCCAUACUACUCCUUAUCAUCCGGCUGGAAAUGGUCAGUGUGAACGUUUUAAUAGGACUUUGCACAAUUUGUUGCGGACCCUGCCAGUAUCCAGAAAAAGAGACUGGAAUGUAUGUUUGCCCCAGUUACUCUACUGUUAUAACACCACUCCCCAUCAGGCUACUGGGGAAACUCCAUUCUUAUUGAUGUUUGGGCAAGAACCCAGGUUGCCAGUGGACUUUCUGUUGGGCAGAGUACCAGACCCCAUCAGUGGAGAUGGGCACGAGUGGAUUCAGGAGCAUCAAGCCCGGCUACAGGUUGUACAUGAAGGAGCCAAGGAACGACUGCAAUUGGCUGCCGACCGCAGAAAGAGGCACCAUGAUCAAAAGGUGAAAGAGGCACCAUUGAACGACGGGCAGUUGGUGUUCCUGCGCGAUUUGAGUGGAAGAGGGAGAUGUAAAAUCAAAGAUCGAUGGAAACCAGCGGUAUAUAGAAUCCUGAAGGCACCUAAAGGAGGUGGGGCAGUAUAUACCAUUGCACCUGCAGAUGAUCCUAGCAGUGUGAAGCAUGUUCAUCGUACCUUGCUGAAGGCUGUGGUAAUGGCACCUACACCACCAGAAGGGCCUGCUCCGUGCAGUAGCCCACAUGGCCCAGAAAUAUCAUCCGCAGAACCAGAACAUGACUCAUCAAGUGACAGUGACCUGUUAUUCCUGAGCAUAGGAGCUCCUCACGUAAAUGUUUCACCAUCUUACUGCCCAGUAGUGAUUCCAAGUAGCUCUGAGUUGUUGCUCUCACCAGAAGACCGAACUUCCGAUGUUCCAGCCACUUGUACAAUUACUCAGAGUGCAGCACCAGUUCCAUCUAGCUCUCUUCCUGUUUCCACUACGAGCUCUGAUAAAAGAAAUAUUGUUGUGCGAAGAACUACACGGUCCACGGCCGGCCAGCAUUCAAACAUCCAUCAUCUCCCAAGACCAACAGGGGAGGUGGCACAAGGGGCUGCAAACUCUAUUUCUGAGCCUAGAAUACAUGCUGUCUCUGCAUUUUUUAGGCCUUGGGAUUAACCUGGGUGUCUUUG